GGUCCCGGUGGUCCCGGUGGUCCCGGAGCCGCCCCGGUACCUCACCUGUGUACCGGAGGGGUCCCGGGCCGCCACCUUCAGCCUGGCGGCUCACCUGUUCUGCUGGGCUCUGCUCCGCUGGUACCAGAAACUCAGACUCCAGCCUGCUCCUCUACAGCCCCAGGAAACCCUCCAACAGUCCCCCCACCACUCUGAAGGAUCAGGCUUAGAGGAGGGGGAUUUUGGUGAUAACCCCAUAGAAUGGUGCGAGAGGAGCACAGGAGGAGGCGACACAUCUGAUGAGUACUUUGACUCCCGCUCCUGUCACAGCGACACCCUUUCAGACUUCAGUCUGGAUGGGGAUGACUCCCUGGAAGCCCUGUUGGGACCUGAGGGGGUCUACCCUGGUCCACCAGCAUCCAGCAGGACCUCCUGCUCUGGACAGAGAAAAGCUCAACGGAGAGAGUCCGUCACAGCCAAGGACGACCAUGGGGACGCCACGGAAACUUAUGUUGGACGAUUUAGAUGUAGCAGGAGGAAAAGCCCAGUGGACCCUCAUAUUCCCUCGAAGCUCACCACUGCAGACCUGUGCUCAGUUCAGAUUCGACCCCGUCAAAGUACCGAGGAACUAAAACGAGACUUGCACCAAGAACAGCCCAGUUUACAGGCUGUUUGCACAGAAACUCAAGUCAACACCACGGAGCCAUACAGUCUAAAUCUGCAAAGCCAACAAAACACAGACACCUUUGACAAGAAGGUAAAUAGUCCACAAGAUAGCCAGGAAGUGAAGUUGCAUGCACAACCAGAAGAAAUCAAUCUUAACAGACUGAGUGAAUCUACAGACUCAUGCACGAUACAUAUAGAUACUACAGAGGACAACAUUGUGGAGGUGCAACAACAACAACAAAUCACAAAUGAACACAACACAAGGUUACAGACGGGAAACAUAAAUAGAAAAAGUACAGAGAAGACAGACAGUGGAAGGCUAAAAAUCUGUAAUGUUAAAGGAGAAAAUAUUGUACUCAGCACUUACUCCGUGGAGAAAAACACAAGUUUGAAUAGAUGCAAAAGUGACAGUAAUGACCGACCACCAAGACACACAGAACAUUUAAAACACCAGGGUAGAAGCAUUAAAGGCAAAGAAAUACAGGCUGUAAAAGUGGACGAGGACAAAAGGGAUUUGUGUCGGAGUGUGGCCACAAACUGUAAUGGAACUCAUCAUAAAAUAGAGAAAAAAUGCAAAGACUUAUGCAUUGCAGAUGCACAGUUCACUGAUCUAACAAAUGCACAAUUAUCUGGCAGUACUUGUAGACUAGUGCAUUCUAAAACUGGGACAAAAUGCACAGACUCUCAGUUAACGACAGGAAAUGUUGUAGCAAGUCCAAAAAUCACAAAGAAAAAUAGCGUGUCACAUAUCACAAAGUCUGCAGAGUUCAGAGGCACACUGGAUGAAGAACAUUUAUUGGCACAAAAGUUGGAUGUUCGCUGUUCAACUGUGUGUGAAGAGAGCUCCAAUACAGGACUGUCAGAGACCCACUCUCAGGUUUGUACUAUUGAUAAGAAGUCCCAGGAUAAGGCAAAAGUGUCAGGUGUCUGUUUCAAGGCGGAACACUUUGUUGGUACUUCAAAAGAGGGGACUACACCACUUGGGACCGUCAAUGAAAUAUGUUCCUCCAUCACAUUUUCCACAGAGACCACAGCCUCUUUUCCAUUGGAUACCUGUUCUACUGUGGCUCCGAAUGUUUUUGCACUCGCCCCGCAUAUCACAUUGGCAGGCUCUGGCAGGGAGGAGCUAACUGAGCAACGAAGUAAAAAACAACCUCUGAGUGCAAGGUUGCAGCCAUGUCAAGUUCCAGGCAGGACCCAGGGUUUAAUCCCUAAUUACUUGGAUCAAUUGGGGGGUGCCACAUUAGAAACACAUCAUAGGCAGCACCAUUCUGUGGACAAGCUUUCGGAGAAGACACAGCCAGGUUCUGUCGAUCCAAGGCCGAACUCAACUCAAGUCCAAUCUGGAACUGGUAAGAGUUCUGAGGAGUGUCUGCCUCAUCACACGUUCUCAAGAAGGAGAAAAGGAUCAUCCUGCUCUCCUCUCCAGCAAAACAAGGAGCAGGAGGUGAAGAAGAGUCAUGUUGAUCAUGAACAAAUUGUCGAAGUUAGCAACACCGUUCUUCCACAGUUGCAACUUGGCACAACGAGGCUUUCUGAGCACUCGGAACUGACAGUAAUCCCCAAAGCGAAAGCCAGUGAUCCGGAUGCCUACUGUACUCAGCAUGUGCUAGCUAAGGUAGGAACAACAUCAACAUGUCCUGCUGCAACUGAAUCCAUUCAGGACACUAGCAGAGAACACUCAGGGUUAGCUCAAAAGGCCACUUCCAUGACAAACGUACAAACUACUGUCAGCACCAUUUCUAGCCAUCGUAAGCAAGUUCAAAUGGUGCUAAAGGUCCCUGAACCUCAAUGUAGCCUGAACACAUCUUAUUCUCUGCUCUCAGACUCCAACAAUAACACCAAGGCUAGUUUAAAAGGGGGCGGGGAGGGGGAGGGUUUAGGCUGUUUCUCACAGGGAGCCCAAAGCAACUACAAAAAUGACGAGAGAAUAAUUUGUCCUGUGGUUGAACCCUUAACAAAUGUGAUCACUGAGCCCUUGGAAGAAGAAAUCAAACCCCAGGAAGAUACUUCGGUGCUCCUUUCUUCACUGGACUACGGACCCAAUCGAAGCAGUGGGGAAAAUGAACCUAUGCUUGGGAAACACCUUGGUAGCCACGGCCUUUUAGGUCUGGUUCAUGCAGAUGAGCUAGAAACAGUAAUGACAAAGUUCAAAUGUUCCAACUCAAAAGUAAAUGAAGGCCUUCAACUGUUAGUAUCAAGUUCAGAGAGCAGAGAUCUGUUGAUGGACGGUGAAUUUAACGAAAGAGAGGGGCAGUGUUUUAGCCAACUUAGGGAUCACAGCUUACCUACCAGAAAAACAGGCCGCUUAUCCGAAUCACUUGAGGAAUAUACACUGGCUGAAGUGUGUAGAGACCACACACAGGUCAGAUUGCCAGAUCCACAGCUGGAGGUGAGGGUAGUAAGGUACUCACACCCUGAUGUCAGCCUCAACCUGCUUGCUGUCAGUAGUUUAGAGCCAAUUCUGGAGGCUGAGCAUUCACUGGAAAGUUAUAGAACAACAGAUGAUGAUAUAAAAGUAGAAACAGCGAAAGAUUGUGAGGUCAUGAGGUCUGCUGAGGAAGUUGAAGUUGCUUAUCUUUCACACCAGCCUGAGCAGGAUGAGGAAUUUUUGAUCAGUACAGAGUUUGAAUCAAAGCUGAACCCAGACAUACCUCUGCUACAUGGUAGUGGCGAAAAGCACUGUAGACCCACGGCUGUUAUGUAUGAAGCCUUGUCUCCCACCUCAGCUAGCAGCAACUGCAACGAGUUGGAGGAUCCUCACUUUUGUGAUUCAGCCAGAAAUGCAAACCUUAACAAAAUGAUCAAAAGGAGUAAAACAAAAGAAAACUGUACAGGGAAUAAAGGCUCUAAGAUUUCAGUUUUUGCUAAAAUGCCUUCUUUUAGAAAGGCGAAGGGUUCAAAGGGUACCAAAAGUGAGGAGGUACCCCAGGAGUCGUCAGAUGCAGGAGGUGAAAGCCCUCUGUCUGAGCAAGGGCAAUGGAGGGCCAGCUCAGAAGAUGAGACUAUUGACAACAGUGACAUGCUCAGCCAAACAGUCCACCAAGCAUCUUCCUCGUUAAAUUACACGAGAGAAGAAGAGGACUGUGGCUCUUCCUCCUGUACUCCCCAAACUCCUCAUCGUCAGCUAGUCUGUCAAGGCGUUAGUGGGGAGGGUAACGGAGAACCAAGCCCAGACAACCUCCUCCUUAAGCAAGUGCAGUCAUCUAAUGGACAGACCUACAAGAGGAGCAAGAGCAAUGACAGCUUGAACAUCCGCAUGCGCCUUGCACAAGCACAAAAGUCCCUUUCCAGUCUGUUUGAGUCCCGUUCAAUGGAUAAGGAGAGCGAGGAGCAGGUCCCUGUGAGCAUUGAUGUGGAUUCUGGUGUAGCCAAACAAUCCUGGAGGAAGCUAAAGAGGGCCAAGGAGGCUGAGCUGUUGAAAAGAAAUCUUUCAGUGCCAGACCAGGAAUGUAGCAGCAGUCCAGGGUCACCAACCACCCCCAGAGCCCUCUGGCACACCGAUCCCAUCUCCAAGCGGGGAAUUCCCCAAGAAAAUGUAAAGGAGAAGUCCCAUGGGUGUCAAUCUGAGGGCCAAAGGAGAAAAUGUUCCGCUACCAAACUGUGUGGGUCUGGCAUACCUCCAUUUUUAGAUGACUUUACAGUCCCACAGCUCAAUUCCGCCAGUCCUGUUUCACCUUGUCGUUCCUUCUCACCAGCCACCAUUACUCACCAGUUUUCACGAUCCUGGACCAUAUCCCACCCAGUGGCCAGUGAGGGUGUGAUUAAGAGCCCCUUACGGCCAAUGAGCCCAAAACCCAACAGUCCUAGGCCAUCGACUCAGCGUAAAAUUUUCUGCUACCCUCACUCAACAAGGGCGAGUUAUGCCUGUCCUAUCCUUCUGGGCCAGUCAGUCAGCAUGGAGGGAUUAAUGGACCCCCCUGAGAGACCUAAGACCCUAAAACCCUCAGCUAGCCCUCUGGGUCUCAGCCUCAGCCCUCUGGAUGCAGCCGAAGAAAGAUUAGACAGCCAGUCACACAUCAACCAGUAUGCCAUUGGUGCAAUCAACAAGUUAGAGGGCUUGCAAAACAGUGGUCACCCCGCCAGCCAGUCCAGAACAAGACGGCUGCUGGAGGUAAAGAGCGAGAAGAAGGCCUUGGUAGCUCUCGGUGGGCCGAGGCAUGGCUGCUGGGUGGAUGUGGGCCCUUAUAAAGGUGGCCAGCAAAGGCGAACGUUUUCAGAUGAUCUCUGGAUUGAAGAGCAGAAGAAAAACAAACGCAAACUGACCCGAGCCAUCAGGGGGAGUCUGGGCCAACUCAACUCACUCUUAUCUCAAGACAUGGACAAAAAUGAUCCUGGAGACACCUUUGGGCCCAUUCUGGCCUUCCAGGGGAUGCCCCUCAAAGCCCACUGCUUCUCUCAGAGCACCCCCAUCGGUCUCGACUGCCUGGGCUGGAGGAGACGCAUGUCCUACUCCUCGGUGGUGGUUCCUGAUGGGGCGUCGGAGAAGCUUGGAGACGAGAUGGGCAGUGAAGAGGAUCUGCUCUACGAAGAGUUUCGCAGUUCUGGACAUCGUUUUGGACACCCGGGAGGAGGCGGGGGAGAGCAGCUCGCCAUCAAUGAGCUGAUCAGUGAUGGCAGUGUGGUGUAUGCUGAGGCCCUGUGGGACCACGUCACCAUGGACGACCAGGAGCUGGGCUUUAAGGCCGGUGAUGUCAUCGAAGUAGUGGACGCCACCAACAAGGAGUGGUGGUGGGGUCGCAUCAUGGACAGCGAGGGCUGGUUCCCCGCCAGCUUCGUACGGUUGCGUGUGAACCAGGAUGAACCCAUGGAAGACUAUCUGAGCCACUUCCAGGAGGCCCAGGCUGGGGAGGAGAACCGGGCAGGUCUGGGCUUGUUGCUGGGACCCGGUUUACCCUGCAAGGAACAAAUGAGGACCAACGUCAUCAAUGAGAUCAUGAGCACAGAGAGAGACUACAUCAAGCACCUGAAGGACAUCUGUGAGGGUUACAUCAAACAGUGCCGCAAGCGAACAGACAUGUUCAACGAGGAGCAGCUCCGCACCAUCUUUGGAAACAUCGAAGACAUCUACCGAUUCCAGAGGAAGUUCCUGAAAGGCCUCGAGAAGAAGUUCAACAAAGAACAGCCGCACCUCAGUGAGAUCGGCUGCUGCUUCCUCGAACACCAAACAGAUUUCCAGAUUUAUUCAGAGUAUUGCAACAACCAUCCCAACGCCUGCGUCCAGCUCUCUAAGGUCAUGAAGAUCAACAAGUAUGUAUUCUUCUUCGAGGCCUGCAGGCUCCUCCAAAAGAUGAUCGACAUUUCCUUGGACGGCUUCCUGCUCACUCCAGUUCAGAAGAUUUGCAAGUACCCACUGCAGCUGGCUGAGCUGCUCAAAUACACCAACCCACAGCACAGGGACUACACAGAUGUGCAGGCGGCCUUAAACGCCAUGAAGAACGUGGCGCGGCUGAUCAACGAGAGGAAGCGGCGCCUUGAGAACAUAGACAAGAUCGCCCAGUGGCAGAGCUCCAUAGAGGACUGGGAGGGAGAAGACAUCCUCAGCAGGAGCUCUGAUCUCGUCUUUUCAGGGGAGUUGAGCAAGCUGUCCCAGCCCCAGGCCAAGAGUCAACAGAGAAUGUUUUUCCUCUUCGAUCAUCAGAUGGUGUACUGCAAAAAGGACCUCUUGCGGCGGGACAUGUUGUACUACAAAGGUCGGAUGGACAUGGACCACAUGGAGGUGAUAGAUGUGGAGGACGGAAAGGAGAAGGACUUCAACAUCAGCGUGAAGAACGCCCUGAAACUACGCUCAUCGUCUGGAGAAGAAGUCCAUCUCCUGUGUGCCAAGAAACCAGAGCAGAAGCAGCGCUGGCUGAGAGCCUUCGCUGACGAGAGGAUUCAGGUCCAGCAUGACCGCGAGACAGGAUUCUCCCUCUCAGAGGUCCAGAAGAAACAGGCCAUGCUUAAUGCUUGCAAAAGCCAUCCAGCUGGGAAACCCAAAGCAGUGACCAGACCCUACUAUGACUUCCUCCUGCGACAGAAACACCCCUCCCUCCCCACUGCUUUGCCCCAGCAGCAGGUCUUCAUGCUGGCUGAGCCCAAACGUAAAGCCUCCACCUUCUGGCACAACAUCGGCAGACUGACGCCCUUCAAGAAGUAAAGAAAGAAACCACUCGGAAAGGAAAAAAGAAAGAAAAAAGCCGUGGAGAGAAGAAAGAAGAACAGCGGUGGAGAAAAAGAAGACUUCUCCGCUCGUGCCUGAAUAAACCCUUUUUUUCAUUUUCUUUUCCUACUCUCAACAUUGCCCUAAUUGACAUACUGAUUUAUUGUAUAGUUGAGGAUGAUAAUAAUGAGGAAGAGGAGGAGGAGAUCCUUUUUUUGAAAGCACUUUAUAGGUUGGUUUACAAUCAGACUUGAGAAUGGCCUCCUGGAGACAAUGAGUCAAACAGGAAGAGUUGACUCUUGCUUAACGUACCACUACUACUACUACUACUACUACUACUACUACUACACCUUCAAUCAAGCGCCAACUGGUACUUAUACUGCUACUGUACUGCUGUGAAUGAGCGUGGGACUCCUGAUUGUGCUGCCUCUGUGAAUACGUUGGCCAUUGACAAAAAUUGUGUCAUUUUAUUUCCACUGUUGUAUUGUUUUAUGAUUUCACAGAUGCCAAGUGUUCACAGUGCCAGAUGAUUUGUUUUAAUAUUUGUUGGUUCUGUGUCUGUUUAUGAUAUAAAAAAAGGGAACAUUGUGCUUAUCUCUGUGCAAAUAUAUCAUUUCAGGAUAAUUUCAUCUGUUUUUUUAAUGUUUUGUGAACUCCCAUCUGCCAGAAUUCGGUUCGGUUGUGUUUCACUGGUGCAUUUAUGGUAUUGUGCAAAAGUCAAAUGCAAGAAGAAGAAGAUUCAAAUGAUCACAGAUUAAUUAGGAGCUUUUUAUUCAAAUAACAACAGCGACAAACACAAACACAUGGCCAACUUCCUCCUAAAUACCUAUAAUACCUGUCAAUAAAAUUAAACUACUUGUUCUUUUUUUUCUUUUCUUUUUCUUUAAGUGCCAUUUGACGUGUGUCAUGGAUGACUUACAAUGACAUGCAUGGAUGUGAUGAAAAAAUACUGUGAAGAAUAUUUUUUUAAUCUUUGAAGAACCCUGCUAUAUUUAGCCAGAUUCAAGAACUGAAGAUCCAUUGUGCCACACAGACACACACACACACACAGACAGCCACACACACACACAGACACACAGACACAGACACACACACACUCUUGUUCUUCUGUCUUUGUGACUUUGUGAGGACUCUUACAGAAACCCUAACUUAAACCUUAUUGUAAAUUGAAACUUAAAACCAAGUCUUUACCUGCAAACACUCAUUUGAGGUGAGGACUGGGCAAAAUGUCCUCACUUCUCAAUAUGUCCUCACUCAGUUGGGUUGAAAUGUGUAAUGGUCCUCACUAUGUAUGAAGUACAAGAAGAGAAACACACACACCUGUUCUUCUGUCUUUGUGAGGACCUUUACCAGACCCUAACUUAAACCUAAUCAUGACAAAAUGUCCUCACUUCUCAAUAGGUCCUCACUCAGUUGGUUUAAAACAUGUAAUGGUCCUCACUAUAUAUGCAGUACAAGUACACACACACACACACACACACACACACACACACACACACACACACACACACACACAUAUUCUUUUUCUUCCUCCUUUGUGAGGACCCUUACCAGACCCUAACUUAAACCUAAUUUAAACUGAACCUUAAAACCAAGUCUUAACCGACAAACAGUCAUUUAAAGAAGUGAGGGCUGGGCAAAAUGUCCUCACUUCUCAAUAUGUCCUCACUCAGUUGUUUUAAAACGUGUAAUGGUCCUCACUAUGAGGAAGUAUAAGAACACACACACACUGACAGACAGACAGACAGACAGACAGACGCACACUGACUGAUUCUUUUAUCUACCUUUACGUCUGAUAUGCAGUAUUCCUGCUCUGUGUAUCUGGUCUCCAUCUAAUAUCAAUCUACGCAGCCCGGCGAUAAUACUCUGUAAGUGCAUUCAGUAAAAUGUGCUCCUUUCACCUUUAUGUUCUAAUGUUUAAGCUUCUGAUCAUAUGGAAUAUUAAACAUUCCCAAGCGGCUGGAGUGAUUAUUAUUUUAUUUCACACUACAUUGCUAAUGUGGUAAGUACGGCUACAGUGUAACGCUGCCUCGUCAUUAGCUCAGCUGCAGGGUUUUAACUCAGAGAAACAUUGUGUUUGACAAAAAACACAAUUGCUGAUUUUUAUGGGGCUUUUUUUCCUGUGUGUGGUCUUUCAACUUUGGGAGCACAAAGUAUUUAUUUUCUUAUAAUUAUUUAAUGCAUUUUCCCUUAUAAAAACCUUGUCAUCACACUCACACAGCUCAUGUUUGUGCUUAGAUUCUCUCUGCUUCCAUUCAAGCUAUAUAUGCUUGCGCUCAGAUAUUGUCGCUUGCACAGAUUUCUGGUGCUGCAGCUUUUAGCCUUUCUCCUCCUCGCACUUCCAGUAGAAUGCCAGAUGUAGUGUCGACCAAUGAAAUGAUCCGUGCUUCGCUGCAGGCGCAUUCACAUGACUUGUCCCUCACAGGCCUUUACUCUCUUUUUGCCCUACAAAGCUUUAUUAUAUGUAUUUCCUUUGCUUUCCUUACAACUUCUUGAAUAAAAGGACAGUUAGUAACGUU